AUAAGAAUUUGACUGAUAUAUACUAUAUUUUUCAAUCAAAAUAAUUAUGUGGUUAUUUAAGAAAUUAUUUGGCAAAUCAAACGUGGAAGAAAGCCGGAACACAGAAGCAUCUGGAAACGAUGCAAUACCAAAUACGGACUUAGCAGGAUCGAGCUGCAGUUCGCAAUCUCCUCCAAUUGAACAGGUAACGAUGGUGUGUAAUGAGACGUCAGUUUCGGACAGUAAUUUAAGUAUCCGCGGUAGUGUCGUUUGUGAUGAUCUACCACAAAGGCAACUAUUACCUGUAGAAAAGACAGAGCUCAAGAUAGAACACGUUUAUAAUUUACGUAGUCGUAGCAAAAAUUCAAUUUCAGAGAGCCUUAAUGUAAAUGAAGAAGGUUUAACUUCUCGAGUUGUGAAUGAUGAAAAGACAAUCUGUGGACAAAAGCAAUCCAUUCAUGCGCAAGAUCUUGGUAAGCGAAAGAAGGAUGAAUUAACUCAACAUGGUGGUGGUGAUACUAUAAGCCGUUCGGUUGUAAUAAAUGAAACAAAACUUGAGAAGAAACUCAAUAUUGCAAAACGUAAAAGGUGUAGCACUGAUGAGGCUGCAACAGCUAAAAGGAUACGUACUGAGGACGAGGAUGGAAAUGAUGCUUCCAAUAUGGACACAAGGGAUGCUGAAUAAGAAGAGUAAAACUUGAAAUAUAACUAAAGAAAAAGUCCACCUUAAUAAAUAUUUAUUUUCGUAUUUAUUAUAUUCAAAUAGUAAGACAUAUUUAAAAAAAAAAAUUUAUGUGUUAAAAGUGAUUAACAAAUUCUAUUAAAAAUAAUCAUUUUGCAUAUAUAUUCUGACAUCAUGUAUAUAUCUCUGAAUAAAUUCUUUGAAUUAAAACGUUCGAUUUAAACUGAUAGUUUCUUAGAUACUCAUUGAAACAACAACAUAUCCCAGUACUGUAUAACUUUUAGUUCCAAUUAAUCAAUGAUACGGAGAGUAUGGGAGAAAGUUAAUCAACUAUCCACACUAUUUCUGCAGUACUGAAGUUUAGACAGAUUUUCAAUUUCCAGAUAGAAGACGAAAGUAAACUCAAUUUGAGUUUGUGGUCGUAGAUAUAAUAUUGGUAGCAGAUAUAAGAUAGACACAUAAGAGGUAGCAAAUACUCGUACUACAAAACUACAAUUCAUUGAAAUUCGGCUUGGAGAAAUAAUCUACACACAUGAAUGCAAGUAGCUCAAUAGAUCUCUUGGUCUUUUACUUUCGGAUCCAAUUGAUUCCGUUAAUUCUUAACUUAGGUUUCGUUCACGUACUUAUUCUAACAACAAAAGCCUCGUCAAGCAAGUCACGUCUGCCAGAAAGAGAUCUUAUCUGUUGGUGACAUCGUUAAUAAGUAGUAGUGCGCACAACUACUGGUUUCAAUUACAAAUGUUUCAGUUGCUCAACAGAUAUUUUUUACUGGCAGCUAUAUUUUUUUUCUGCUUCGAAUAUUAAAAAAAUAACAUUUAUUGUAUUAAUAGUUUCUGAUGUUAUUAUUUUUCUUUACCAUAUUUAAAGGAUUUUAUAUUAAACGGUCUAUAGUAGUUCGUAACAGCAGGAACUUAUAAUUAAGUUAGCUUAACAUUUUUUUAAUGUUUUUCCUUUAUAUUCAUGAGGUUCUGAGUUCUUCUGAGUUCUUCUGAGUUCAAUAUCUUAAAAACACUACCAAAAUUUUUGUGCAAAAUUGAUGACGAAAACAUAUAUCAGAAGGACUUUACGAAUAAAAUUACUUUUAUGAAGCAGUUUUAAUGAACUAAUUAUUAAAUUUGCUCUGCAAAUAAUUUAAUAUAUAUGUUUACUGUUAUUACGUUAUUACCUCUCGACCUCACUCCACCUCACAAAUUGGUGUUAAUUUGGAUAAUUCAUUAAUUUUCGUCGUAUAACACAGUCAAAACUUAGUUACCUCGGAUAAAAACUUAAUAAGAAAGACAAUGAUGAUUUGCAAUUCAGUGGAAUAUUUACUUUGAUUUAUUUAAAAUUUUAGGCAUUUCCAUUUCAAUCUUAUAGCAAUCUUAUAUACUAAAGACGGACACACCUAUUUUUAACCUUACAAUUUUUAACUUGCAAUUUUUAACUUCAAAUUUUUUACUUCAGAUUUUUUACUUCAAAUUUUGAACUUCAAAUUUUGAACUUCAAAUUUUGAACUUCAAAUUUUGCAAUUUCAAAUUGGAACUUAAAAUUUGUGAACUUUAAAUUUUGAGCAUAAAAAAUAUUGUACAAAGUUUAUGAAAUUAGAAAAAUAUAAAAAUACAUAACUUUAUUUCCUCUUCCGUUUAAUAGGAACCACUGAGUGAUUUUCUUCUUCAGUAUAUUUCCUUUUUCUAAAGCGAGGAAGUUGAUUGACAUUUUCUAGUAGUAGCUUUUCGUUCCUCUUCCUAGAUUUUGCAUUCUUUUUCUUUUUACAAAUUUCCUUCCGUUUCGUCUGGGUGGGUGUAGGUGGACUUACGCGCUGUUUCUUGACCUUCUUGUUGACCUUCUUCUUGGGCUUAGCUUUUUCAUCCUGCAUUUCGGUCCUAAUACACUUAACGUUUUCACGUUCCUUCUUAAUAACUUUUACUUUCUUUUUAGUGUCUUUUUUCGCUUGAGUCUUUCUGGCUCUUACG